CGGGUUUGGUGAGUGUGAACCUCUACACCUAACCAGGGCUGGAGGCUGGAGCCGACCGAAGGUUGUUAUCAGGAUCAACAUGACGUUUUUCCACUUUGGAAAUUGUAUUGCCCUGGCCUAUGGGCCGUAUUUCCUGACCUACAAAUACUCUGGGAUGCCAGAGUAUGGGGCAUUCUGGAAGUGUGCGCAGGUGGGCGGGAUGUACAUGCUCACUCAGCUCUGUAAAAUGCUCCUCUUGGCUACAUUCUUUCCAACAUCUGAUGGACCACCAGAAACAGCAAGCUUGGCUACAGAAAUGGUGAAGACCACAGUCGACUUUGGAGAUGUGAUGGGACUCAGCAUUGUGAUGGGUAGGGUGCCAGGUGCUGGCUACAUCAAGAUACUGAUCACUGGUCUGGGUUGGGCUGCUGCUGAUCUCCUAUUGACCCGGGCCCUUCCCCUCUGGGUUGGUGCCCGUGGCCUGGAGUUUGAUUGGAAAUAUAUUCAGAUUAGCCUAGAUGCAAACAUUAGUCUAGUGCAUCACCUAAACAUGGCAUUGCUUGUGUGGUUGUGGUGGCGGAGUGACCUAGCAGCUGCUGUGCGACCCAUUGUGGCUGUACUGAUGGCUGGAUGUGUAUACAAACCUCUCUUGCCUCAGUUACUGGCAAUUCUGUUGGGGUCUCGUCCACUUGGCUUUGCCCUCCUGGCUGCCUGUGCAACGCCAACACUGUGUACAGCUCUCAUAGCUUGCCAUAUAUUCAUUACUCACAGUGCAUCUUUUCGCUGAAAACAAGAUUCUCCCCAUGUUACCACAGAAUUUUUUCUUCAUCCAUGUGUUCCUUAGUUACUGUGUGUGUGUAAAUAUAAUAAUCUUUUGAUCUGAA